ACACACCGACACACCCCUAGGGCUGAAGAGGGAGUUCACGCUCGGAGGGAAUCGGUACUGACUCUUCUGAAUCUUUUCUGCUGUUGCAUGGAGAUUCCUCUUACACAGCAGACACAGAGCCCAUGGAGAAGAUCCUGACCUGAUGCUCACACACUACCUGAUACAGAUGGAGAUCAGUCUCAGAUCAGUCAGGGAUUCGACACUGACUCUGACUCUUCUGAAUCUUUUCCUGCUGUUACAUGGAGUUUCCUCUGACACUGAGUUCGAGAUCUCUGUUCCCACGGGUGUACAGAUGGGUGUGUACGGCGAGGCGGUCCAUCUGUCCUGCGUGUUCCCAGUGAACGGCUCGUGGGACGCAGACAGGAUAAUGAUCAUGUGGCAGCACAACCAAGAGGUGGUCCACAGUUUCUUUCAUGGCCAAGACCAGCCACAAUAUCAGAGCCGGAGAUACGCCAACCGCACCAGCCUGUUCCACCAGGAGAUGAAGAAGGGGAACGCGUCGCUCAGGCUGGACCGCACCACUCUGGAGGAUGUGGGGGAGUACACCUGCUCCGUCAGCACUCCGCUGGGCUGGCAGAGAAAGAGUUUCCCUCUCAAAGUAGCAGCGUUCUACUACGAACCGCGUCUGCAAAUCUCUGUGCUGAGCGACGGCCACAUGGAGGUGCUGGUGACCUCAGAGGGUGGGUUCCCCUCUCCCUCCCUGCAGUGGCUGAUGGGAAACACCAGGGACGUCACCAACCACACACACACGCAGCUGAGUAAGGACCAUCACACAGGUCUGUACAGCGUGAACAGUAAACUGAUCCUAAAUGGAACCGUCAACUCCUCCAUCACCUUCAUCAUGAAGAACCCAGAUCUGGACCAGACCAUCAGGAGGAGCAUCGACCUCUUCUCAGAAAAUGGACCCAUUGACCAGAGGGAACAGCGAGCAGGACCCAUUGUGUUUUCUGUUGUUGUAGUUAUUUUACUCGCUGUGAUCAUUUCACUAAUUAUCCUUCAACACCAAAUGAUGAAAAAGGAAAAAUCUCGAAAUCCUUCAGAGAGUACCAUCGAGUCAUCAGAAGCUUUGAUCCAUCAGACAGCAGCUGAAAAACCUUUAAUGGAUGAAUCUGAAAGUGUUUCAGAAUUACUUGAUGAAGGAAGAUCUCGGGCCAGGCAGCUAGACAAGAAGAAGAAAUGUAGUUUAUUUAUUAGGAUUUAUUUAGAAGAUUAAUAUUUCUAAUGGACAAUGUUAAGGGUCUGGUGUCUCUGAUCAAACUCCAGAUUUCAGCUAGAACUGAAGAUCAAUAAACCUCAUCAUAGUAUUUUUGUAAAGAAGCAUUUAUUAUACUUUAAAUGAUCAGCUUGGUGGGGGUCAC